UGCUCAAUCUGCCACCCGAAUCUCCAGCGCUCAAGGGAGAAGGGGCUUGCUGGAUUUGGCCGUGUGUGGUGGUCUUGUUCCUGCUCCCUGAAGCCACCAGAGACCCCCAGCAGCAAAGGAUAUGAUCCACCAGGGACUGCUGCUGCUCCUGCUGCUCCUGGGCGGAGGGAGUACGGACUCAUCCAAAUCGCCGCAUGGGGCGGCAGCUGGCGAGAGCAAUGGGGCGUUUCAGAGAUGCAAGCGCUUGGAACCGGACCCUUCGAGGUGGAUCGGAGGAAUGCAAGAUUGUACCACUUGCUUCCCGAAAUACCACAUCUGGCAACCUUGCCAUCUCACGGCCAGGCCAAAUGGAUCUGUCACCCUGCCUUGCACCUUCAACUACACCUGGGAUGUUCAAGAGACGGCCCAGGUGUAUUGGCGCUUAGGAAACUUUUACGGAGAGUUCCUCUUCAAGCACCCCCACGACCCCACCCCCAGGGACACCCUCCCAAACUACACAGGGCGUGUGUCUCUGGUUGGGGACCUGUCAAAGGGGCUUGAUGCCUCAAUCCAGAUCGAGAAUCUGCAGGAGUCGGACUCCAAUCUAUAUUUCUGCACCGUCUCCGUACAGACACUUCAUGAUGGUGUGCAGCAUUGGCGAAACAUUGAGGGGACAAACCUCACGGUCACAGGUCCUCCCAUGACGGCCCCCCCCAACUUCAACCUCGUGGGUGUGGCGACUGGCGGGGCAGCUGCUGCCGCCGCUGUUGCUGUGGGUCUGCUGGCGUUUGUCGCCUGGAGAAAAGGUUGCUGCCCAAAGUGUGCCCAAAAGAGGAGAGCAUCGCCCCAGAGCAAGCAGACGCCAGAGGAGAGAGAAUACGAGGAGUUUCCCAUUGAAGGUCCCAAAGCCCCCCCUCCCGCCUCCCCCCAGCCUCCUCCUCGCGCGCCACCGCCACUUGCCCCCAAAGACUCCAGCGGCCUCCUGUACGCCGACUUGAACUUGGCCGGAGGCAGAGGCAAGAAGAAGAUGCCCGAGGGAGGAAGGGGCGAAGAGAGCACCUAUGCCAUCCUGCGCCACUGAGAGGGGGCAAGGGACGACUGGGGGGGCGCUUUCCUUGGCUGCCUCCAGCCCCCUUCUGCCCCCAGCCUCCUCCUCUUCCGCUUCCUUCUCCCUCUCCCAGGUGGGAGCGAGCGACCUCCCUUGCAGGAUCGGGGCCCUGGGUGGAUGGCCUUCUGGCUGCAAGGGGAGCUUGUUGAAGCCGGCCUGCUCUGCAGGGGUGUCGUAAGGAGCCCUGAGACAACGGGGGGGGGGGCCGUACUGUAAACGCUGCCCCCUCUGCUGCCAGCCCACUGCCCCCGAAUAAUGCCCGAACGAAUUAUUGCAAUAUGCAAUCACAGCGGCAAGAGAUGCGCAGAGAGGGAAAGACAGCUCUGUCAGUCGAGCGUUAGACCCUUGAUCUCCAGGUGGUGGGUUCAAGCCCCACGUGGGGCAAAAGAUUCCUGCACAGCAGGGGGCUGGACUAGAUGAUCCUCAGGGUCCCUUCCAACGCCGCGAUUCGAUGACCUGUUAUUAUUGCACCCUGUGGAAGAAAGGUUGCUGAAAUUAAGGGAUUUGGCAGAGAUGGCCAAGUGGCCUUUUUGAAUUAGAAAAAAAUUAAAUUGUUGCGCUUAUGAAUGAUUGGAAGCCCCUUAUGGACUUCCUGUGCAAAAAAGGAGAACGACGGGUUUGACGACUGAAAAGUUUGGUUUACGGAAAGUAGGAAAUUUGCACGUUGUUAUGGAGUAAGAGGUCUGCAGUUUUUAAAGCUGAUAUUUAGAAUAAGGUUACCAGACGUCCCCUUUUCCCAGGGACAGUCCCCAGAUUUACAAAUCAGCCCCCAUACAAAUC